CUUUUUCUUUUCUUUAUUCUUUCUUUCUUUCUUUUGAUUGAGGUCUCUUUUUUUUUGAACUCAAUAAAAAGGAUAAAGUAGAGACCUCUUUCAAUUGAUAUCAAAUUUUCUAAUGACCACGCAUGAUUUUAAUGACCAAUUACCACAAUUCACUCCUCAAGAAUACGAGGCUGAACAUGACUAUUUCAAUGGUUACGAUCAAGAAAUGAUAGAAGCUGUCAAUGAAGCAGAUUAUUAUGACUAUCGGCAACAACAAGAAGAGGAAGAAGAUGUUUAUGUGAUUGAUCAAGGCCUUUUAAAACUAAUUCUGGAUGUUCAGUCAUACAUUGCAGAAGCACCUCAAGAUUCACCACUUUAUCCUCUUCAAUAUAAAAUGUAUACUUAUCUUAAACAAAGAGUAUCUGAAUUGGGCAUGGAUAUCUCUUCUUUACUGUAAUCCUUCCUUUUUUUAAAAAAAAAAAUAAAAAUAAAAUAAAAUAAAGUAUUGACACUUGUUGGGAAAAAAAA